CAGGUGAGCGCGAUGCUGGGGGGCGCAGCGGAUUGAGACUACAGGCGAACAAAGCGGGCCUGCGGUUCUACUUCUGCUAACACGCUGCAGUUAAAUAGCAACAGCCGGAAACGAGUAGCUCGGACAAUCUUUGGGAUGGCGUCAGACCACCGUAUUAAAGCCCGUAGUUUAAACUGAGGAACUUGGAAGUUUUAAAUUAAAGGCGGCGUCGACCUAACAGACGGUGGUGGCGACUUUGAGUAACUUAAUAAAAAGUUGGAGUACCGCUCGCCACAUGAGAGCCGAUGAGCCGCCGUGUGAAGAGUAUAACUGAAGGAGACCCCGAGAUCGAUCUGCGCGACUGUGUUCACCCGGGCCGAUCAUGGAGGAAGAGGAUUACGAUCACCUUAACAUGGAAUACUUUUACCAGCAGGUCCUGCAGAAGGAUGUGAGCCGUCGGCUGCAGGUCGGUCAGCAGCUCAUCGAGUACCUGAGGGAAUCGCAUCGCUCUUCCGAUGUGGAACAGGAUAAGCAGCGGUUGGACAAGACUAUUGAUGAACUGGCCGGCUGGGUCAACUCUAGCAACUUUAAGGUUGCAUUACUGGGGAUUGAUGUCUUAAGCGCAUUUGUAGACCGGUUACAGGAUCGCUUCAGAGGUUAUAUAGGAACUGUUCUUCCUGCAUUGAUUGAUAGGCUUGGAGAUGCCAAAGACCAGGUUCGAGAGCAGUCACAGAAUCUUAUUCUUAAGCUGAUGGAUCAGACUGCACCUCCAGUGUAUGUCUGGGAACGUUUAAUCAAUGGCUUUAAGCACAAAAAUUACCGCUGUCGAGAAGGUGUAUGUCUUUGUCUCAUUGCUUCCUUGAACACAUAUGGCUCACAGACUUUAACGCUAAGUAAGAUUGUACCGUCUCUGUGCACUUUAUCAGGAGACUCCAACGCUCAGGUCAGAGACAUUUCAGUAAUGGCUAUGGUGGAGAUUUAUCGUCAUGUAGGAGAGAAAGUAAGAGCUGAUUUAAACAAAAGAGGCUUUCCUCCUGCACGGUUACAAACCAUAUUUAGCAAGUUUGAUGAAGCCCGUGACUCUGGAAGUAUGAUAUUAAGCUCUGUGCCUGACAAAAGCUUUGAUGAUGAUGAGUCAGUGGAUGGAAGUAGGCCAUCAUCUGCCCAAUCUGUUUUUAAGGUUCCAGCACCCAAAAAGCCUGGAAAUCCUAGUAGUAGCACCAGUAGGAAGCCAGGCUCAGGAGUUGGCCCCAAAGUUGGAGGUCCUGCCAAGGAGGUUGCUGGUGCUGUGGAUGAAGAUGAUUUUGUUAAAGCAUUUACUGAGGUCCCUACUGUGCAGAUAUAUUCAAGUAGGGAGCUUGAAGAGAAUCUGAAUAAAAUCAGGGAAAUCCUAUCUGACGACAAGCACGACUGGGAUCAGAGAGUCAAUGCGCUUAAAAAAAUCCGCUCGUUGCUGAUUGCUGGAGCUGCAGAAUAUGACUGUUUCUACCAGCAUUUGAGGCUUCUAGAUGGAGCGUUCAAGCUGUCAGCUAAGGAUCUACGCUCACAGGUGGUCAGAGAAGCCUGCAUCACUGUGGCACAUCUUUCUACUGUACUGGGCAACAAGUUUGACCACGGCGCUGAAGCCAUUGUGCCUAUUUUGUUCAACCUGAUACCCAACUGUGCUAAGGUGAUGGCCACAUCAGGAGUAUCAGCCAUCAGGUUCAUUAUUCGGCAUACUCAUGUGCCACGGUUGAUUCCUCUGAUUACCAGCAAUUGCACAUCUAAAUCUGUGGCAGUAAGAAGACGCUGUUACGAGUUUCUGGAUUUAUUACUUCAGGAGUGGCAUACACAUUCCCUUGAACGGCAUGCAGCCGUUCUGGUUGAAAGCAUAAGAAAAGGAAUCCGGGAUGCUGAUGCAGAAGCCCGAGUAGAAGCCAGAAAGGCCUAUUGGGGACUGCGGAAUCAUUUCUUGGCUGAAGCAGAUGCCCUAUACAACAACCUGGAGCCAUCAUACCAGAGAACCAUUCAGUCAGGCUUGAAGAGUUCAGGCAGUGUAGCCUCACUGCCCCAAUCAGACCGCUCUUCAUCAAGCUCCCAGGAGAGCCUAAACCGCCCAUUUACUUCAAAAUGGUCAACGUCAGGAGCCCCUAGUGGCCCCGGGAGAGUUCCUUCUGGCAUGAAGGCAGCUGCCACGCCAGGGUCUUUGCAAAGGUCUAGAAGUGAUGUUGAUGUGAACGCAGCAGCGGGAGCUAAAGUUCGGCAUGCUGGACAAGCUAGUGGCACAGGACGUCUGUCGGCUGCUGGUCUCCCUCCUGGUUCUUUUGGAUCUUUAGAUGAUGCAUCUGAUAAGGCUGAUGGUCGCAUUCGCACCAAGCAGUCUUUGACAGCAGCAACUGGCAGCAUGGGUGUCAGUCAAGUGGAUUCCAGAGGACGCAGCCGCACUAAGGUGGUUUCACAAUCACAACGAUCACAGUCCGCUAACCCAGUGGAUGCUGGCAGCCGUUCUGGUUCUCCUGGUAGGGUUCUGGCCAGCACAGCACUGAGCACAGUUAGCGGAAGCAGCAUACAAAGGGUUCUGGCCAGUGCUGGGAGUGCACAAAAGCGCAGUAAAAUUCCGCGUAGCCAGGGCUGCAGCCGCGAUUCUAGCCCCACACGCCUCUCAGUUGUAGCACCGUCUAACCUUCAGCCAGUCUACAAUGGCAGCAGUGGUGGAGUGCGAGGCAGCCGCAUCCCUCGACCUAGUAUGAGUCAGGGCUGCAGUCGGGAGGCCAGCCGAGAAAGUAGCAGGGACACAAGCCCUGUCCGUUCUUUUCAGCCCCUUGCAUCCCGGCAUCACUCCAGGUCCACGGGGGCACUCUAUACGCCAGAAGCGUUUGGGGCUGCAGGUCCAGCCUUUGGAAUUGGACAGUCCAGCAGAUUGUCAUCCUCUGUAAGCGCCAUGCGGGUCCUCAACACUGGCUCUGAUGUUGAGGAGGCUGUGGCUGAUGCUCUGCUCUUAGGAGACAUACGAAGUAAGAGGAAACCAGCAAGAAGGCGAUAUGAAUCCUAUGGAAUGUACUCUGAUGAUGAUGCCAACAGUGAUGCAUCCAGUGCUUGCUCUGAACGAUCAUACAGUUCACGCAAUGGCAGCAUUCCUACCUACAUGCGGCAGACAGAGGAUGUGGCUGAGGUUCUGAACCGCUGUGCUAGCUCUAACUGGUCUGAAAGGAAGGAGGGAUUGCUGGGACUGCAAAACCUGCUAAAGAACCAGAGGACCCUGAGCCGCGUGGAAUUGAAAAGGUUAUGUGAAAUCUUCACACGGAUGUUUGCAGAUCCUCAUAGCAAGGUGUUUAGCAUGUUCCUAGAAACACUGGUUGAUUUUAUUCAAGUUCAUAAAGAGGACCUGCAAGACUGGCUCUUUGUCUUGCUAACACAGCUUUUAAAGAAAAUGGGUGCUGACUUGCUGGGCUCUGUGCAGGCCAAGGUUCAGAAGGCCUUGGAUGUGACAAGGGAGUCAUUUCCAAAUGAUCUGCAGUUUAACAUCUUGAUGCGAUUCACAGUGGACCAGACACAGACACCAAACCUGAAGGUGAAAGUCGCUAUCCUGAAGUACAUCGAGACCCUGGCUGUACAGAUGGAUCCUGGAGACUUUGUAAACUCCAGUGAAACACGACUGGCUGUGUCCCGUAUAAUUACGUGGACUACGGAGCCCAAGAGCACAGAAUUACGUAAGGCUGCACAGGCUGUUUUGAUCUCUUUGUUCCAGCUCAAUACACCGGAGUUCACCAUGCUAUUAGGUGCAUUGCCAAAAACCUUCCAAGACAGCGCAACCAAACUGCUGCAGAAUCAUCUGCGUAACAGUGGCAACUCGGCACAGGCACCAACUGGAAGCCCACUAACUCGACCGACUCCUCGUUCACCUGCUAACUGGUCCAGUCCACUCACCUCACCAACCAACACAUCUCAGAACACCUUGUCACCAAGUGCAUUUGAUUAUGAUACAGAAAACUUGAAUACUGAGGACAUAUACAGCUCCCUGCGAGGUGUUACUGAGGCCAUUCAGAAUUUCAGCUUCCGGAGUCAGGAAGACAUGAACGAGCCCCUCAGGCGGGAUUUCAAAAAGGAUAGCGAUGGGGAAGCAGGUGGAGUCGGGUCUGACAUUUUGGAGGGCAGGGCCUCUGGAGAUGGGCCAGAUUCUGGACGUACUGCUUUGGAUAACAAGACAUCUCUUCUGAACACCAUGCCACUGCUGCAUUCCAGUCCUCGUUCCCGUGACUACAACCCUUUCAACUAUUCAGAUUCCUUCAGCAGCCCUUACUCCAAGUCAGCCUUGAGAGAGGCCAUGUUUGAUGAUGAUGCUGAGCAAUUUCCUGAAGAUAGUAACCAGAUACAGUCAGAGAUGGUGGCUGAGUUACUCAAAGAGCUAUCCAACCACAAUGAGAGAGUGGAGGAACGUAAGACAGCUCUUUGUGAACUUAUGAAGCUCAUCCGAGAUAGCCUGCUGGUGGUGUGGGAUGAGCAUUUCAAAACCAUUUUGCUUCUGCUACUUGAGACACUUGGUGACAGAGAGCAUGCCAUCAGAGCCUUAGCCUUGCGGGUGUUGAAAGAAAUACUCAACAAGCAGCCUGCAAGAUUCAAGAACUAUGCUGAAUUGACCAUCAUGAAGACCCUGGAGGCCCAUAAAGAUCCACAUAAAGAGGUUGUGCGUGCAGCUGAGGAAGCUGCAGCAAUGUUGGCAACAUCCAUCAGCCCAGACCAGUGCAUCAAAGUGCUCUGUCCUAUCAUCCAGACUGCUGACUAUCCCAUAAACUUGGCAGCCAUAAAGAUGCAGACCAAGGUAAUUGACAGAGUGCCACGAGAGACCCUGGCUCAGCUGCUUCCAGAGAUAAUCCCUGGCCUCAUACAGGGCUAUGAUAAUUCUGAAAGCAGUGUACGAAAGGCCUGUGUCUUCUGUCUUGUGGCCAUCCACGCUAUCAUAGGAGAAGACCUUAAGCCUCACCUCAGCCAGCUUACUGGCAGCAAGCUGAAAUUGUUAAACCUAUACAUUAAGCGGGCGCAGAGCGGGAGUGGCAGCAGUGACCCUACAUCAGACAUCUCAGGGCAGAGCUAGUGAGGAGCUCUUGCGCUGAGGAUUGCAUCUUCAGAGGAAAGAGUGAGCAAGUGGAUGGGCGGCCAUCAAAGAAAACGUCCUACACAGCUGGAGUUCUUUUUGUCCCUCAAGCCUGCAUGUAAACUCCAAAGUCCAGUGGUACAGUGUUAGGAAAUAGAGAGGAGUCAAGAGGAGGAGAUUACUGAAUGGCCUGCCAGUGCCCGCUUGGGGGGUCCCUUAAAUUUACAGUGUUAGUUUUAUAAAUAAAAAGCCUAUUAAUGAUUUGGAUGAAUGCUUCAAAGCUUAGCUAUGUUUCAAAUAAACCAUUUAUGUGGCUGCAUUCAAAUUCUAUUCCGUCUCUGGAGGGAGGAGGGCGACUCUAAGGCAGGGUUGAACUAGCCUGCUCCACCAGCAAGGGGGCGGAGCCUGGCCAGAACUGUCCAGUUUUUAACUGACAACCCAGUCCCAAAAGCGGCAACCUGUCGGCACACUCGCAGGAGAGAGCAGAAGAGCCUUAAUCAUGAACCACACCUGCCAGCAGCACCCCUUCUUCAAGCAAGAUACCACUGAGUGGAACCCACUGCACAAGUACUCGCAGUAUGUCCUCUGGUGGCUUAUUGGGGGGAAGGGAUGGGAGUUGGGAUGGGCGGAUACAUAUUAAUAUGCCAGGUCUUUGGGAGAGUCUGACUGGGGAGAAAAAGCUGUAGAAAUGUAUUUAAACCACAAAGGCAGAAAUGUCCAGUGUUGCCAUCUGUCUUGUGUUUCAGCUCUGUCAGGAAUAUAGUGUGACUUUUGGAUUUCAUUGUAACAUUCUCUUUUCCACUAUUUGUUACCUGUGUAUUUAUAGAUAUGUGCUUAGUUUGUGCAAAUACUGGCAAUAAAACUGUACAUAAAGGUA